GCGACGGGCGAGGACUCCAGCGGGAAUGCCGAGCUGGAGACAGCGGCUGGAGCUUGUGGGCCACCCUGAUGCCACUCAGCUGAGCAGCGGGGUGGGUUCGGCUGGAAAAUGGACUUGGAGAAGUACAGGAAGUUCCUGGGUGGACUCGGCACCCUGAGAGAUGAACGGGACAGAGUCCAAAAGAAAACCUUCACUAAAUGGGUCAAUAAACACUUGAUGAAGGUGCGCAAGCACAUCAACGACCUCUACGAGGAUUUACGAGAUGGCCACAACCUCAUCUCCCUCCUGGAAGUGCUGUCGGGAGUGAAGCUGCCGCGUGAGAAGGGGCGGAUGCGCUUCCACCGUCUGCAGAACGUGCAGAUUGCCCUGGAUUUCCUGAAGCAGCGACAGGUGAAACUGGUGAAUAUUCGCAACGAUGACAUCACGGACGGCAACCCCAAGCUCACCCUGGGGCUCAUAUGGACGAUCAUCCUCCACUUCCAGAUCUCCGACAUCUACAUCAGCGGGGAGCUGGGGGAUAUGUCAGCCAAGGAGAAGCUGCUUCUGUGGACACAAAAGGUGACAGCAGGUUAUAUUGGGGUGAAGUGCACCAACUUCUCCUCGUGCUGGAGCGAUGGGAAGAUGUUCAACGCGCUCAUCCACAGAUACAGGCCAGAUCUGGUGGACAUGGAGAGGGUGCAGAUCCAGAGCAACCGGGAGAACCUGGAGCAGGCCUUCGAGAUCGCCGAGCGCCUGGGGGUCACCCGGCUGCUGGACGCUGAAGAUGUGGAUGUCCCCUCUCCGGAUGAGAAAUCCGUGAUAACUUAUGUGUCUUCAAUCUAUGAUGCCUUUCCCAAAGUCCCUGAGGGAGGAGAAGGGAUCAGCGCUAUUGAGGUGGAUUCGAGGUGGCUGGAAUACCAGACCCGUGUGGAGUCCCUCAUCUCAUGGAUCAAGCAGCACACGAUACUCAUGUCAGACAAAUCCUUCCCCCAGAACCCUGUAGAGCUAAAGGCACUUUAUAACCAGUACAUACACUUCAAAGAAACUGAAAUCCCAGCAAAAGAGCAGGAAAAAGGAAGGAUAGAGGAGCUCUACAAACUAUUAGAGGUAUGGAUUGAAUUUGGACGCAUCAAGUUGCCCCAGGGCUACCACCCCAACGAUGUGGAGGAGGAGUGGGGCAAGCUCAUCAUCGAGAUGCUGGAGCGCGAGAAGCUGCUGCGGCCGGCAGUGGAGAGGCUGGAAUUGCUGCUACAAAUCGCUAACAAAAUCCAGAAUGGUGCUCUGAGCUGUGAAGAAAAACUCACUCUGGCGAAGAACACACUACAGGCUGAUGCUGCUCACCUGGAGUCAGGCCAGCCGGUGCAGUACGAGUCCGACGUGGUCGUGUACCUGCAGGAGUGCGAGGGGCUCAUCCGCCAGCUCCAGGUGGAUGUGCAGAUCCUUCGGGAUGAGAACUACUACCAGCUGGAGGAGCUGGUGUUCAGGAUCAUGCGGCUGCAAGACGAGCUGGUGACUCUGAGGUUGGAAUGCACCAACCUGUACAGGAAAGGCCACUUCUCCACCCUGGAGCUGGUGCCCACGUCCACGCUGAGCACGACACACUUGAAGGGCGAGUCCCUGACGAAGGGGCUCCACACCUCCUCGGCCUCCUGGUUCAGGAAGCCCAUGACCAGGACAGAGCUGGUGGCCAUCUCCUCGUCUGAAGAUGAAGGCAGCCUCCGGUUCGUGUACGAGCUGCUGGCCUGGGUGGAGGAGAUGCAGAUGAGACUGGAGCGGGCAGAGUGGGGGACUGACCUUCCAAGUGUGGAAUCCCAGCUGGAGACCCAGCGGCACAUCCACACCAGCGUGGAGGACCUGGGAUCCAGCGUAAAGGAGGCCAGGAUGUACGAGGGUAAAAUGUCUCCGAAUUUCCGCGCGAGCUACACGGAGACGCUUGGCAAGCUGGAGACGCAGUACUGCAAGCUGAUGGAAACCUCGAGCUUCCGGCUGAGACACCUCCAGAGCUUGCACGGGUUUGUGUCUCGGGCCACGGCUGAGCUGAUCUGGCUGAAUGAGAAGGAGGAGGAGGAACUGGCCUAUGACUGGAGCGACAACAACCCCAACAUUGCAGCCAAGAAGAACUACUUCUCAGAGCUGAUGGCAGAGCUGGAAGAGAAACAGGACAUCUUCCGCUCCCUCCAGGACACGGCUGAGCUGCUGUCCCUGGAAAACCACCCAGCUAAGCAAACUGUAGAGGCGUACAGCGCUGCCGUGCAGACUCAGUGGCAGUGGAUUAAGCAGCUCUGCCUGUGCGUGGAGCAGCACGUGAAGGAGAACGCUGCCUAUUUUCAGUUCUUCAGCGACGCCCGGGAGUCGGAGACGUACCUGCGGAACCUGCAGGACUCCAUCAGAAGGAAGUAUUCUUGCGACCAUAACACGAGCCUGACGCGGCUGGAGGACCUGCUGCAGGACUCCAUGGCACAGGAUGAGAAGGAGCAGCUCAUUCAGUCCAAGAGCUCCGUCGCCAGCCUGGUGGGACGAUCCAAAACCAUCGUCCAGCUCCGGCCCAGGAACCCAGAGCACGUUGUGAAGAGCACGAUCCCCAUCAAGGCUGUCUGUGACUACCGACAGAUCGAGAUCACGAUCUGCAGGAACGAUGAGUGUGUCCUGGAGGACAAUUCCCAGAGGACCAAGUGGAAGGUGAUCAGCCCCACAGGGAACGAGGCCAUGGUGCCUUCUGUCUGCUUCCUGAUCCCUCCGCCCAACAAAGAAGCCAUCGAGAUGGCCAACAGGGUAGAACAGUUGUACCAGAAAGUGAUGGCUCUCUGGCACCAGCUCCACAUGAACACAAAGAGCCUCAUCUCCUGGAACUACCUGCGGAAGGACAUUGCCCUGGUGCAAAGCUUCAGCAUGGAAAAGCUCAGAUCCUUGGCUCAAGGGGAGUGCCAGCAAGCCCUGAAGAGCCUCCAGGCGCACUACGAGGAUUUCCUGCAGGACAGCCGGGACUCGGAGCUCUUCUCGGUGUCGGACCGGCUGCGCCUGGAGGAGGAAGUGGAGUCUUCCAAGGAACACAUCCGGCAGCUGCUGGAGUCCAUGGAGAACGAAGACAAGGAUGAGACUGUUGCCAGGACGUAUCUCUCCGAGCUCAAGAAUAUCCGCCUGCGCCUGGAGGAGUGCGAGCAGAGGCUUGUGAGCCGAAUCCAGUCCCCGAGCAGUGCCCGAGCAGAUGGUGACACUAUCCAGGAAAACACCAUCCGCAUUGCAGAGCAGGAGCGAAUGCAGGAGGAUCUGCAGCGGCUGCAGUCGGACCUGCGGUUUGUGUCCGAGAGGUGCUACAGCUUCCUCGACAAGGCGCCCGCGGGGUCCAGCACCCCCCACCUGCGUGCAGAGCUGGACCUGGUGGUGAACAAGAUGGACCAGACACAUGGGCUGUCUUCCAUCUACCUGGAAAAGUUGAAGACGGUUGACAUUAUUAUCCGGAACACCCAAGGAGCAGAAUCCCUGGUGAAAGGGUACGAGGUGAAGCUGAGCCAGGAGGAGGCAGUUCCCGCUGACCUGGCGGCCAUUCAGUCUCACAGGACAGCGUUACAGCAAUGGCUCGGGGAAGUGAAGGACAAGGGCUCUGUCUUCUCCACGUUGGAGGAGGAGAUGGCAAAGGCGAAGGCGGUGGGAGAGCAGCUGUACCGGCUGAGGCAGGAGCGCAACAUCGACCUGGAGCGCUACCAGGAGAAGGGGAGCCAGCUGUGGGAUCGCUGGCAGCGAGUCUGCGCCCAGAUUGAGACCCGCCACACGGAGCUGGAGAGCAUCCAGGAGGUGCUGAGUGAUUACCGGCAGUGCCACAGUGCCCUGAUCCAUUGGAUCGAGGAGAUCACGGUCCAGCAGGAGCUGAUGAAGCCUGGGCAGGCAGAGGACAGCCGGGUGCUGUCGGAGCAGCUCAGCCAGCAAACGGCUUUGGCUGCAGAAAUCGAGAAAAAUCAAGCCCAGCUGGACCAGUGUCAGAAGUUCUCCCAGCAGUACUCGGCCGCCGUCAAGGACUAUGAGUUGCAGCUGAUGACGUACAGGGCCUUUGUGGAGUCGCAGCAGAAGUCUCCCAUGAAGCGCCGGCGCAUGCUCUCGUCCUCGGAUGCCAUCACACAGGAGUUCAUGGAUUUGCGGACUCGCUACACGGCCCUGGUGACACUGACCACACAGCACGUGAAGUACAUCAGCGAUGCGCUCCGGCGGCUGGAGGAGGAGGAGAAAGUAGUGGAGGAGGAGAAGCAGGAGCACGUGGACAAGGUGAAGGAACUCCUGGGCUGGGCCCUGGGCUUGAAGCAGAGUGUGCAAGGCAGGAUGGCUGCUGCUGGGAGCAGAGAGCUGGGUGACAUCGAGAAAUCCAUCUCAGAGCAGCAGGCCCUGAAUGAGGAGCUGACUGCAAAGAGGGAACAGGUCUCCGAGGCCAUCAAAACUUCCCAAAUCUUCCUGGCAAAACACAGCCACAAGCUUUCCCAACCGGAAAAGGAACAGAUUUCUGCUCAGAUUGGUGCCCUAAAGGAGACCUACCAGGAGCUCUGCAGCAAUUCCUCGGAGCAGCUCCAGCAGCUCCAGAGCCAGCUGGCUCAGGAGACAGAGCACAAGAUCAAGUUCAGCAAGAAGAUGUGUCUGGAGCACGAUGAGAAGCUGAUAUCUUAUCUCUCCAUGCUCCGAGAUAUCGAGAUGAGAAUCAAACGGGUGCAGCCAGCAGAGCAGAAUUUGGCAGCCCUUCAUGACCUGCUGCAGCAAGCAGAGGCCCUGGGCGCUGAGCUGCGGGAGCUGAGCUUCCCAGUGAAUCAGGAGUUGGACGCCGUGAGGUGGAUUGUGGCCAACCCCCCUGAAGAAGUCCCUGAGCAAUUACUGAAGGCUUUGGAGAAGGAUGCCAAGAACCUCCAGAAGUCUCUGAGCUCUGCGAAUGAUGUCCUGGAGUCCCGGCUGCAAAACCUUCGUGGGGCGGCAGAAAACGAAAAGGCUAAAAUCCUGGCACAUCACGAGGCUCUUCAGGGCAAACUCCAGGAGCUGCUGAGCUGGGUCUCUGGCACCGCAGAGUCGCUGGAUGACAGCGAUUAUCACCAGGCGACCGAUUCGAACAGCUUGAGUCGCUGCCUGCACCACUACAAGGAGCUGAAAGAGCCCCUCACCGACACCAAGUCUCAGCUGGACGCCACCGCCUUCGACAUCCAGUUCUUCAUCUCGGAGCACGCCCAGGACUUAACGCCCCAGCAGAGCAGGCAGCUGCUGAGGCUGCUCAACGAGCUGCAGAAGGCUUUCCGGGACCUGUCGGAGCGCGUGACGGCGCGGGCGGAGGUGCUGCAGGUCUGUCUCCAGCAAGCGGAGCAGACGGACCAGGUGAAGACGCUGCAGGAGCAGCAGGCAGCCCGGGCACAGAGCCUGGCUGAGCUGAGCCGCUGGCUGGGCCAGGCAGAGGACACGCUGACAGAGCAGCAGAGAGCAGAAGGGGACCUGUCUGCCCUGCAGCAGAGACAAAGUGAUGUUAAGGAGCUGCAGAGGAACAUCCACACCCGAGCCGCCUCCUUCGCCAGCGUCCUGAAAAGCACAGAGGAGUUUUUGGAGGAGAACAAGGGCAAGAUGGAGCCUGGGGAGCUGGCAGCACUGCAGGAGAACCUCCAGCGUGCCAAGGAGCAAUACCGGUCCCUGCAGGAGAGGACAGAGGUGGCCCAGAAGGAGCUGGAGAGUGCUGUGAGUGCUGCAGUGCAGCAGGAGACUGAGAAGGUGAAAGCUGCCAAAGAGCUGGAGGAGAACAGCAAUAAGAUCGAUUCCCUUUUGAACUGGGUGGCGUCGCUGGAGCAGAAGGGAGGGCUCCCGGAGUACAGACCUCACCCUGCCAAGCAAGAGGCAGGGACAGGAGCAGGGACAGGCUCUCGGGAUGUCCCCGAUGGCCACGUGGUUGGAGCAGACAGCGCUGCCGGGAGCCUGGACGAGCAAUACGAGAGGCUGAAGGCCCAGCACCAGGAGCUGCUGUCCCAGCAGCAGGACGUCAUCCUGGCCACGCAGUCGGCUCAGGCUUUCCUGGACAAGCACGGCCACAGCCUGGCCAGGGAGGAGCGGGAGCGGCUCCAGGGCCAGCUGGCCGAGCUGAAGGACCAGUACUCAGCGUCCCUCUCGCAGUCAGAAACGCGGCUGAAGCAAGUGCAGGUCCUGCGGGACGAGCUGCACAAGUUCCUGCGGGACCACGGGGAGUUCGAGGCGUGGCUGACGCAGGCGGAGCAGGACCUGGAGGGGAUGUCCAAGGGGGACGGGGACCCCGCGGCCCUGCGGCGGCUGCUCGCGCGCCAGGGCAGCUUCUCCGAGGACGUGAUCUCCCACAAGGGCGACCUGCGGUUCGUCACCAUGUCGGGGCAGAAGGUUCUGGAUGUGGAGGGAGCUGCUGGGGACGCCGAGUCCCAGCUGCUGAUGUCCAAGAGCGUGGUCAAGGGCAAGCUGGAGGACGCGACGCAGAGAUACACCACGCUGCACUCCAAGUGCUCCAAGCUCGGCUCCCACCUGAACACCUUGCUGGAGCACUACCAGCAGUUCCAGGAGGUGGCAGAGUCUCUCAGGACGUGGCUGCAGGAGAGUGAAGCUGCCAUUGGGAAGCUGCUCUCAGAGACGGUUUCUUCAGAUCCAGCUGUCCUGCAGAAGCAGCUCGCCAGCACGAAGCAGCUGCAAGGAGACCUGGCUGAGCACCAGGUACCAGUGGAGAAGCUCCAGAAAGCAGCUCGGUCCCUGCUGGAGAUACAAGGAGAGCCAGCCCCUGACCACGGGCAUAUUCGGGAAACAACAGAUGCCAUCGUGAGCCGGUUCCAGAGCCUCUCCCAGCAGAUGUCCGAGCGCUCGGACCUGCUGCAGAAAUCCAUCGCCCAGUCCCAGAGCGUCCAGGAGAGCCUGGAGAGCCUCCUCCAGUCAGUGGCUGAGAUUGAGAAGAACCUGGAGAGAGACCAGCCGGCUGAGCUGUCCUCCACCUCCAUCCAGGACUCUCUUGCCACGAGCGUGAAGCUGAAGCAGGACAUCGCCCGGCAGAAGAGCUGCCUGGAAGCCACCCGGGAGAUGGUGACGCGGUUCAUGGAGGCCGCAGACAGCCCCACGGCCUCCGCCCUGCAGGACAAGCUGGCCGAGGUCACGGAGCAGUUUGGGAGGCUGUGCCAGCAGCAGCAGGAGCGGGAGGAUGCCCUGAAGGGCCUCCUCCCCAAAGUGGAGCAGUACGAGCAGCUCUCGGAGAAGCUGCAGCAGUUCACGGAGAGCAGAACGCGGAUGUUGGCGUCCGGGAACCAGCCGGACCGGGACAUCGCCCACUUCUCCCAGCACAUCCAGGAGCUGAAUUCAGAGAUGAGGCAGCACCAGGAGGACCUGACCACCCUGGAGCACCUGGCUGCAGAGCUGAGCUCCUGCGGCUUCGCCCCUGGUGCCUUCCAGCAGCAGGAGAAGCUGCAAAGCCUGAAGAAAGACUUCCUGCAGCUACAGAAGGUGGCAAAGGAGAGAGAAAAGGAUGCGUCGUCCUGCCAGGAGCAACUGGACGAAUUUCGGAAUCUGGUUGGCGCCGUGAGGAAGUGGCUGAGGGAGAGCGAAGGCAAAAUGCCGCCUGCUGAGACCUCCCUGGGCACCCAGGAGCUGCACCAGCGCAGGCAGCAGGUCCAGGAUCUCCUGGAGGAAUGGAAGGGGAAGGGGGCCCAGGUGGAGGAGAUUGGCCGCAGAGGGACCCUCCUGGAGAAUCUGAUCGUGGAGAUUACGGCCCCCAACACCCCACCCAAAGCAGGUGCCGCGCUGCCCGUGCCGGGAGGGUCGGUGGGCAGCGUGAACGGAUACCACACGUGCAAAGAUCUGACUGAGAUCCAGUGCGACGUCUCGGAUGUGACCCAGCAGUACCAGGCCCUGGGCACGGCGCUGAGGGAGCGGCAGCAGCAGCUCUCAGCUAUGUUGGAGAAAAUGCAAGAGGUGCAGGAGGAGGCCAGCUCGAUGCUGAAGUGGCUGGAGUCGAAGGAACGGACGCUGUCAGAGCUGGACGCCUCCUCCUCGCCCACCAAGACGGAGACAAUGAGAGCCCAGGCUGAGCACAACAAGGCAUUUCUGGCUGAAUUGGAACAGAAUUCUGGGAAGAUCCAGAAGGUAAAGGAGGCACUUUCUGGCUUGCUGGAGAAAUAUCCAGAUUCUCCAGAAGCAGCGAACUGGAAGAAGAUGCAGGAAGACCUGAAUUGCAGGUGGGAAAGAGCCAGCCAGGCGACGGCCGAGCGGCAGCAGAAGCUGGAGGAGUCGGCGAACCAGCUGGCCACCUUCCAGGCUGCUGAAUCCCAGCUGCGCCCUUGGCUCAUGGAGAAGGAGCUGAUGAUGAGCGUGCUGGGACCCCUCUCCAUCGACCCCAACAUGCUGAACGCACAGAAGCAGCAGGUCCAGUUUAUGCUGAAGGAAUUUGAAGCCCGCAGACAACAGCACGAGCAGCUCAACCAGGCAGCUCAGAGCAUCUUGACUGGCCCUGGAGAUGUUUCUCCAUCCACUAACCAGGUGCGGGAUGAGCUCCAGGGGGUUAAUCAGAAAUGGUCCGAGCUAACAGAACGCCUCAACUCCCGCUCCAGCCAGAUUGAUCAAGCCAUAGUAAAGAGCACCCAGUACCAGGAGCUCCUCCAGGGCCUCUCAGAGAAGGUGAAGGCAGUUGGGCAGCGCCUGAGCAGCCAGUCUGCCAUCAGCACACAGCCCGAUGCCGUCAAACAGCAGCUGGAGGAAACCAGCGAGAUCCGCUCGGACCUGGAGCAGCUGGAAGAGGAGAUUGCAGAGGCUCAGACCCUCUGUGAUGACCUCUCCGUCCUGAUUGGGGAGCAGUACCUCAAAGAUGAGUUAAAGAAACGUCUGGAGACGGUGGCACUUCCUCUCAAAGGGCUGGAAGAUUUGGCAGCCGACCGGAUGAACCGACUCCAGACUGCACUUGCGAGUUCCCAGCAGUUCCAGCAUAUGUUUGAUGAACUCAGGACCUGGCUAGAUGACAAACUGUGCCAGCAAGCUCAGAGCCAACCGAUUUCUGCUAAACUGGAGAGGCUACAGAGCCAAAUUCAGGAACAAGAAGAGUUCCAGAAGAGCCUCAACCAACACAGUGGCUCCUAUGAGAUGAUUGUAGCCGAGGGAGAAUCUUUGCUGCUUUCAGUCCAGCCUGGGGAGGAGAAGACCACUCUGCAAAACCAGUUGGUCGGCCUGAAAACACACUGGGAAGAGCUCAGCAAACAGGCUGCUGAUAGACACUCUAAGCUCAAGGACUGUUUGCAGAAAGCUCAGAAGUACCAACGGCACACGGAGGAUCUCCUGCCAUGGGUGGAGGACUGCAAGGCAAAGGUGGCAGAGCUGGAGGUAACUCUGGACCCAGUGCAGCUGGAGGCGACUCUUCUGAGGUCAAAGGCCAUGCUGAGUGACGUGGAGAAGCGCCGGUCCUUGCUGGAGAUGCUGAACAGUGCUGCCGACAUCCUGAUCGAUGCUUCCCAGACGGAUGAGGAUGACAUCCGGGAUGAGAAGGCUGGCAUCAAUCAGAAGAUGGAUGCCAUCACAGAAGAGCUGCAAGCCAAGACUGGCUCCAUUGAAGAAAUGUCCCAGAGGCUCAAGGAGUUUCAAGAGAGCUUCAAGAACAUUGAGAAGAAGCUGGAAGGGGCAAAGCACCAGCUGGAGAUCUACGAUGCCCUGGGGCCACAAGCCUGCAGCAACAAGAAUUUGGAGAAGCUCAGGGCACAGCAGGAGGUGCUGCAGGCCCUUGAGCCGCAAGUGGAUUAUCUGAAAAACCUCACUCAGGGUCUGGUAGAAGAUGCUCCAGACGGAUCCGACUGUUCCCAGCUCUUAAGCCAGGCUGAAGUGGCUCAGCAGGACUUCAAGGCUGCGAAGCAGAAAGUGAACGACUGCUGUGCGCUCAUGGAAAACAAGCUGGAAGGGAUCAGCCAGUUCAAUAAUCGGGUCAGGGAGAUGUUCUCUCAACUGGCGGACCUGGACGAUGAGCUGGACAGCAUGGGCCCCAUCGGGAGAGACUCCGACAGCCUCCAGUCCCAGGCCGAGGACGUCCGCGCCUUCCUGGGCAAACUCCACAGGCUGAAGUCGGACAUCGAAGCUUCCGAAAGCGAGUGCAAGAAGAUGCUGGAGGAAGAAGGGAGCCCUGAUCUAUUAGGACUGAAACGGGAGCUGGAGACGCUGAACAAACAGUGCAGCAAACUGACAGAGAGGGGCAAGAACCGGCAGGAGCAGGUGGAGACGACGCUGUCCCGCGUCGAGGACUUCUACGGCCGGCUGAAGGAGCUGACCCACAUGACAACGGCGGCCGAGGAGAACGAGGCCUUGCAGUGGGUGGUGGGAACGGAGGUGGAAACCAUCAACCAGCAGCUGGCAGACUUCAAGCUCUUCCAGAAGGAGCAAGUGGAUCCUCUCCAGGUUAAACUACAACAAGUCAAUGGAGUUGGUCAAGGACUCAUCCAAAGUGCCGGGAAAAACUGUGACGUCCAGGGGCUGGAGCAUGACAUGGAAGAGAUCAACACCCGCUGGAAUACCCUCAACAAGAAGGUGGCCCAGCGGGUCGCUCAGCUGCAAGAGGCCCUGUUGCACUGCGGGAAGUUUCAGGACGCCCUGGAGCCGUUGCUGAGCUGGCUGGCAGACACUGAGGAGCUCAUCUCCAACCAGAAACCUCCCUCUGCAGAGUACAAGGUGGUGAAAGCCCAGAUCCAGGAGCAGAAGCUGCUCCAGCGGCUCCUGGACGAUCGCAAAGCCACCGUUGAGAUGAUCCAGGCGGAGGGCGACCGGAUCGCGCAGUCGGCUGAGCCUGCGGAUCGGGAGAAGAUCGUGGGGCAGCUGGAGAGCCUGGCACGGCGCUGGGCAGGGCUGCUGGGCCGGGCAGCUGCCAGGCAGAAGCAGCUGGAGGACAUCUUGGUCCUGGCAAAGCAGUUCCACGAAACCACAGAGCCCGUGUCGGACUGGCUGUCGGUGACGGAGAAGAAACUGGCCAACUCUGAGCCCAUUGGUACCCAGACUGCCAAAAUCCAGCAGCAGAUCAGUCGGCACAAGGCUCUAGAGGAAGAGAUAGAGAGCCACGCUGCCGACGUGUCUCGGGCGGUCGGGGUCGGGCAGUCCCUCUCCUCCCUGAGCUGUGCCGCCGAGCAGAGGCUGCUGGCAGAGAAAUUAGACUCUCUGCAGACCCGCUACGGCGAGGUCCACGACCGGUGCUGCCGGAAGGCAGCACUGCUGGAUCAGGCUCUGGCCAACGCCAGGCUUUUUGGGGAGGAGGAGGUGGAAGUGCUCAACUGGCUGGCUGAGGUCGAGGACAAGCUGGGCUCGGUAUCCGUAAAGGAUUACAAACGGGACGUCCUGCAGAAGCAGCAUGCAGACCAGCUGGCUUUGAAUGAGGAAAUUGUGAACAGGAAGAAGAACGUGGACCAAGCCAUUAGAAAUGGACAAGCUCUUCUGAAACAAACCACAGGGGAGGAGGUGUUGCUGAUCCAGGAGAAGCUGGAUGGGAUUAAGACCCGCUAUUCCGACAUCACCGCCGCCAGCUCCAAAGCCCUGCGCACGCUGGAGCAGGCUCGGCAGCUGGCCACCAAGUUCCAGUCCACACACGAGGAGCUCACGGGGUGGAUGAGCAAGGUGGAGGAUGAGCUGGCCUCCAGUGGGGCACAGUCCCCCGCCGGAGAGCAGAUCCCCCAGUUCCAGCAGCGGCAGAAGGAGCUGAAGAAGGAGGUGAUGGAGCACAGGCUCGUCCUGGACACGGUGAACGAGGUGAGCCGGGCUCUCCUGGAGCUGGUUCCCUGGCGAGCCCGUGAAGGGCUGGAUAAGCUCGUGUCGGACACCAACGAGCGCUACAAGCUGGUCAGUGACACCAUCAAGCAGAGGGUGGAAGAAAUCGAUGCUGCUAUUCAGAGGUCUCAACAGUACGAGCAGGCAGCUGAUGCAGAGCUGGCCUGGGUGGCCGAGACCAAGCGGAAGCUGAUGGCUCUCGGUCCCAUCCGCCUGGAGCAGGACCAGACAACGGCUCAGCUGCAGGUGCAGAAGGCUUUUUCCAUCGACAUCAUUCGGCACAAAGACUCCAUGGAUGAGCUGUUCAGCCAGCGCAACGAGAUCUUCGGGACCUGUGGCGAGGAACAAAAAGCUGUUCUCCAGGAGAAAACUGAGUCCCUGGUGCAACAGUACGAAGCCGUGAGCCAGCUCAACUCAGAGCGCUACGCUCGCUUGGAACGUGCCCAGGUCCUGGUCAACCAGUUUUGGGAGACCUACGAGGAGCUGAACCCAUGGAUCGAGGAGACUCAAGCCCUCCUCUCCCAGCUGCCACCUCCAGCCAUCGACCACGAGCAGCUCAAGCAGCAGCAGGAUGACAUGAGGCAACUGAGGGAGUCCAUCGCUGAACACAAACCUCAUAUCGACAAGCUGCUGAAAAUCGGGCCACAGCUCAAGGACCUCAACCCCGAGGAAGGAGAGAUGGUGCAGGAAAAGUACUCCACAGCUGAGGCCAUGUAUGCCAAGAUCAAGGAGGAGGUUUGCCAGCGGGCCCUCGCGCUCGACGAGGCCGUCUCGCAGUCCACCCAGAUUUCGGAGUUCCACGACAAGAUUGAGCCCAUGCUGGAGACGCUGGAGAACCUCUCCUCCCGCCUGCGGCUGCCACCCCUCAUCCCCGCCGAGGUGGAUAAGAUCCGGGAGUGCAUCAGUGAGAAUAAAAACUCCACCAUGGAGCUGGAGAAGCUGCAGCCCUCCUUCGAGGCUCUGAAACGCCGUGGGGAAGAGCUGAUCGGUCGGUCCCAGGGAGCAGACAAGGACCUGGCAGCCAAAGUAAUCCAAGACAAGUUGGAUCAGAUGGUUUUCUACUGGGAAGACAUCAAAGCUCGGACGGAGGAACGUGAAAUGAAGUUCCUUGAUGUCCUGGAGCUUGCAGAGAAGUUCUGGUACGACAUGGCAGCCCUCCUGACAACCAUCAAGGACACACAGGACAUUGUUCAUGACCUGGAGAGCCCAGGCAUUGACCCCUCCAUCAUCAAGCAGCAGGUGGAAGCAGCAGAGACUAUUAAAGAGGAGACGGAUGGGUUGCAUGAAGAGCUGGAGUUCAUCCGCCUCCUUGGAACUGAUUUGAUUUUUGCCUGUGGCGAAACUGAGAAACCAGAAGUGAAAAAGAGCAUUGAUGAGAUGAACAACGCGUGGGAAAACCUAAACAAAACGUGGAAGGAGAGGCUGGAAAAGCUCGAGGAAGCGAUGCAGUCGGCUGUGCAGUACCAAGAUACGCUUCAAGCCAUGUUUGACUGGCUGGACAACGCUGUGAUCAAGCUCUGCAACAUGUCACCUGUUGGCACCGACCUCAGCACGGUCAAGGAGCAGAUGAACGAGAUGAAGGAGUUUAAGAUGGAGGUUUACCAGCAGCAGAUUGAGAUGGAAAAGCUUAAUCACCAAGGUGAACUGAUGCUAAAAAAGGCUACGGAUGAGACAGACAGGGACAUCAUAAAGGAACCACUGACAGAGCUGAAACAUCUCUGGGAGAAUUUGGGCGAGAAAAUUGCUCACAGACAGCACAAGUUGGAAGCAGCUCUGCUGGCACUUGGCCAGUUCCAGCAUGCCUUGGCAGAGCUGAUGGCCUGGCUGACCCACACCGAGGAGCUGCUCGACGCCCAAAAACCCAUCAAUGGAGACCCGAAAGUCAUCGAGGUUGAACUCGCAAAGCACCACGUGCUGAAGAACGACGUCCUGGCCCACCAAGCCACCGUGGAGACAGUGAACAAAGCAGGGAAUGAGCUGUUGGAGUCAAGUGCAGGGGACGAUGCCAGCAGCCUGCGGAACCGCCUGGAGAAGCUGAAUUCCUGCUGGGAGUCGGUGCUGCAGAAGACAGAGGAGAGGGAGCAGCAGCUGCAGUCCACGCUCCAGCAGGCUCAGGGUUUCCAUGGUGAGAUUGAAGACUUCCUCCUGUGGCUAACGAGGAUGGAGAGCCAAUUGUCGGCAUCGAAACCCACAGGAGGUCUGCCAGAAACUGCCCGGGAACAGCUCAAUGCCCACAUGGAGCUGUACAGCCAGUUCAAAGCCAAGGAGGAGGUCUACAGCCAGCUGCUGGCCAAGGGGCGGCUGAUGCUGCUCAACCGCGACGACUCUGGCUCCGGCUCGAAGACGGAGCAGAGCGUGGCACUGCUGGAGCAGAAAUGGUGUCUGGUCAGCACCAAAAUGGAGGAGAGAAAGGCGAAGCUGGAGGAGGCGCUGGCCCUGGCCACCGAUUUCCAGAACUCCCUCCAGGACUUCAUCAACUGGCUGACACUGGCUGAGCAGAGCCUGAACAUUGCACCCCCGGCCAGCCUCAUCCUCGCCGCGGUGCUGGCCCAGAUCGAUGAGCACAAGGUGUUUGCCAACGAGGUGAACGCGCACCGGGAUCGCAUCAUCGAGCUGGAUCAGACCGGGAACCAGCUGAAGUUCCUCAGCCAAAAGCAGGACGUGGUUUUGAUCAAGAACCUGCUGGUGAGCGUCCAGUCCCGCUGGGAGAAGGUCGUCCAGCGCUCGGUGGAGCGAGGAAGGGCCCUUGACGAUGCCAGGAAGCGAGCCAAGCAGUUCCACGAAGCCUGGAAGAAGCUGAUUGAUUGGCUGGAGGAUGCAGAGAAUCACCUGGACUCAGAGCUGGAGAUUUCCAAUGAUCCUGACAAAAUCAAGCUCCAGCUCUCCAAACACAAGGAGUUCCAGAAGACUCUGGGUGGAAAGCAGCCUGUCUAUGACACCACCAUCAGGACAGGCAGAGCCCUCAAGGAAAAAGCCUUGCUUCCAGAUGACACUCAAAAGCUGGACAAUUUACUGGGAGAGGUCCGGGAUAAGUGGGACACAGUGUGUGGAAAAUCUGUGGAAAGGCAGCACAAGCUGGAAGAAGCCCUGCUGUUCUCUGGGCAGUUCAUGGAUGCACUGCAGGCCUUGGUGGACUGGCUCUACAAGGUGGAACCCCAGUUAGCUGAAGACCAGCCUGUCCAUGGGGACCUGGAUCUGGUCAUGAACCUCAUGGAUGCUCACAAGGUCUUCCAGAAGGAGCUGGGGAAGCGCACGGGGACAGUCCAGGUGCUCAAACGCUCCGGCCGGGAGCUCAUCGAGAACAGCCGGGACGACACGACCUGGGUGAAGGUGCAGCUGCAGGAGCUGAGCAACCGGUGGGACACGGUGUGCAAGCUGUCAGUGUCCAAACAAACCCGCCUGGAACAGGCCUUGAAGCAGGCAGAGGAGUUCAGGACAGCUGUGCACAUGCUGCUGGAAUGGCUCUCGGAGGCAGAGCAGUCCCUGCGUUUUCGGGGAGCACUACCUGACGAUGCUGAGGCACUGCAGUCCCUCAUCGAUGCCCACAAGGAGUUCAUGAAGAAAGUGGAGGAGAAGAGGGUGGACGUGAACGCGGCGGUGGGAAUGGGGGAGGUCAUCCUGGGCGCCUGCCACCCCGACUGCAUCACCACCAUCAAACACUGGAUCACCAUCAUCCGAGCCAGGUUCGAGGAGGUUCUCACGUGGGCAAAGCAGCACCAGCAGAGACUGGAGUCUGCUCUUUCCGAGCUGGUGGCAAAUGCAGAGCUUCUGGAAGAGCUCCUGGCUUGGAUCCAGUGGGCUGAGACAACCCUGAUCCAACGGGACCAGGAGCCCAUGCCACAGAAUAUCGAUCAGGUCAAAGGACUCAUCUCCGAGCACCAGUCCUUUAUGGAGGAGAUGACACGGAAACAGCCGGACGUGGACCGGGUGACAAAGACAUACAAGAGAAAAGCUACUGAGCCUCCCCAUGGGCCCUUCAUCGACAAGUCCCGCAGCAACAGAAAAUCCUUGGGUCAGGCUGCUCCCCCCAGCAUGCCCAUUAUCUCCCAGUCGGAAACAAAGAACCCCCGGAUAAAUCAGCUCUCAGCACGUUGGCAGCAGGUCUGGCUGCUGGCCCUGGAGCGGCAGCGGAAGCUCAACGACGCCCUGGACAGACUGGAGGAGCUAUGCCCAGAAUUGAAGGAGUUUGCGAACUUCGACUUCGAUGUCUGGCGGAAGAAAUACAUGCGCUGGAUGAACCACAAGAAGUCCCGUGUCAUGGACUUCUUCCGGCGCAUCGACAAAGACCAGGACGGGAAGAUCACCCGGCAGGAGUUCAUCGACGGCAUCCUGGCUUCCAAAUUCCCCACCACGAAGCUGGAGAUGACGGCGGUGGCCGACAUCUUUGACCGCGACGGCGACGGCUACAUCGACUACUACGAGUUUGUGGCUGCUCUCCAUCCCAACAAGGACGCCUAUCGUCCCACCACUGAUGCUGACAAGAUCGAGGAUGAGGUCACCAGGCAAGUGGCCCAGUGCAAGUGUGCCAAGAGAUUCCAAGUGGAGCAGAUCGGCGAGAACAAAUACCGGUUCUUCCUCGGCAAUCAGGUACAGUCUGCCUUGUGUUGCUGUCUCUCACCUCUGGAAUUUUUUAACCAACGUAGUUGUGUGUCAGUGAUGCUGCUCUGUCCUGUGGUGCUGUGGGAGGACAUGAUCUGGGAGCGCUGCUGAGCAGAGCCUGGUACAGAGGAGUGCCACCCAAAAGAAAAAAAAAAAGAAAAAGCUGGCAUUAGGCAGAAAAAAGG